UGUUGCAGGCUUUCCUCAAUUCCCAUCUCUCUCUCUCUCCCUCUGAAGAAGAAGAAGAAGAAGACUCUUGUCUUUCCUUAUUCUUCAAAACCCACAACAGAGACCCGCGAAAAUGGGCUUUCCCUUCGGAAUUCUAAUCGCCGGCUCAAUUCUGAUGUCGGCGGCUGUGGUGCUGUGUAGUUUCCCGGCCGCCCUCAGCCUCGAGAGAGCUUUUCCUAAUAGCCUCCGAGUGGAGUUGAGUCAACUCAGAGCUCGGGACAGAGCCAGGCAUGGAAGAAUGCUUCAGUCCACUAAUGGUAUCGUUGAUUUACCUGUUCGGGGAACCUUCGAUCCGUUCCGCGUUGGGCUCUAUUAUACAAAACUGCAAUUGGGAUCUCCUCCGAAAGAUUAUUAUGUGCAGAUUGAUACCGGAAGUGAUGUUCUGUGGGUCAGUUGUGGUUCCUGCAACGGUUGCCCCGAAACAAGUGGACUCCAGAUUGAGCUCAAUUUGUUUGAUCCUCAAAGCUCAUCAACAUCACAAUUCAUUUCUUGUUCGGAUCGAAGAUGCAGUCUUGGCAUUCAAUCAUCAGAUUCGGAUUGUUCCACUCAGAGUAACCAGUGUUCGUACACAUUCCAGUAUGGAGAUGGCAGUGGGACAUCAGGCUAUUAUGUAUCAGACUUGUUGCACCUUGAGACGAUUCUUGAGGGUUCUGUAACACAAAAUGCUUCAGCUUCCAUUGUCUUUGGGUGUAGCACCUUGCAGACUGGUGAUUUGACAAAGUCAGAUAGAGCAGUUGAUGGGAUCUUUGGGUUUGGCCAACAGGGUAUGUCUGUCAUCUCUCAGUUGGCUUCACAAGGAGUAGCACCAAACGUCUUCUCCCACUGCUUGAGGGGAGAUGAUGGUGGUGGAGGUAUAUUGGUUAUCGGCGAGAUUGUGGAACCAAAUAUAGUCUAUAGCCCGCUCGUCCCAUCACAGCCUCAUUAUAAUUUGAAUCUGCAGAGCAUUUCUGUCAAUGGGCAAAUAUUACAAAUUGAUCCAUCAGUGUUUGCAACAUCAAGUAAUCGAGGAACCAUAGUUGAUUCUGGUACAACUUUGGCAUACCUUGCAUCUGAAGCUUAUGAUCCUUUUAUCAGUGCUAUUACUGCUUCUGUUUCACAAUCCGUGCACCCUGUUGUUUCAAACGGAAACCAGUGUUAUUUAAUUACCUCCAGUGUCAGUGAUAUAUUUCCUCAAGUUAGUUUAAACUUUGCUGGUGGCGCAUCCAUGAUUCUGAGACCUCAGGACUACCUUAUACAGCAGGGAUCUAUUAGUGGUGCUGCAAGGUGGUGCAUUGGCCUUCAGAAACUUCAAGGUUCAGGAAUAACGAUUUUAGGAGACCUUGUGCUAAAAGACAAAAUCAUUGUUUAUGAUUUGGGUGGUCAACGAAUUGGAUGGGCUAACUAUGACUGUUCAAUGUCCGUUAACGUCUCUGCAACAAGUAGAACCGGAAAAAGUGAAUAUGUCAAUGCAGGACAGAUAAGUGACAGCAGUUCGUUGCAUCUCAAUCCCUAUGAUCUGAUACCAGCAAGCAUAGUGGCUUUUCUUGUGCUCAUCAUAUCUCUGCAAGGAAACUUCCUGUUUUUAUAGCAUACACUCGAAGAUAUAUGGGGCUACCAUUCUUUCUUUCUUUUUUUUCCAUUGUAUAUGUAGUCUCUUGCUGGUUUAUAUUUAUAGCAACCGGCAAGACCUAAUGCUAUAAUUUUCAUAACCCCCUUUGGCUGUUCAGUUGCAAUAGGUUUGCGGGUUCUCUCAUUCAGAGUGUUCCUAGUUCGAGUAGAAAUACACAUUGCCCUGUUAACACGUUGUAAAUUACAUUUACAUGUAAUUGGUUUAAUGGGAUAUUAGUUUAUACAAAA